UGUCCAAGACCGCCAUCUUCUAUCUAGUCUAGGUCGCAAGCUUUCAGCUGGUUUUUAUUUUUCCUUCACUGUGUGUCAUUCAUUGCGCGUGUUGCCGUUUGUUUUGCAAAAGAGUUAAAAAUAGAAUCCAUAUCAGUAGACGGAUAACCGCUGGUCACCGGCAUUGGAUUUGCACAAAUUCCAUACGUACAAGCAAAAGCAUGAAUUUUGUAUUCUACGAAUUGAUAAGCGAUGAUAGGGUUGAUGUACCAGUUAUGGCUAUACGUUUUUCCUAUUAUGAUGUGUUUCAAUUAAGGCCCAUGAGAAUUCCAUGGAACACACUAUAAUAGGUACGUAUAUCGAUAACUGGUACAUCUACCCUAUAUCGCGAGCAUCAACGCAGUCUGAUUGUACAACCACAUGGCAAUGUCUAUGGGGCACUUUAUAGUUAUACAAUUCAAAGGGGCCGUCCAUAUACCACGAGGACUUUUUAGGUGCGGAGGAAGGGUUUUGGCAAAGGUUAACGGUACCUACAAACUUGCAAAACUCGUCCACAAGGAAGGAGAUGAGGGAGUCUAAAACCUCUCGAAAACUGUCCACGUGGUAUAUGGAUGGCCCCGAAGUAGUGAUUAUGAUAUGAGUGAACUAGGUAGUGUGUGUGUGUGGAUCGCAUCUAUUGAACAUUCGAUCGCCCAUCUUUUUGCGAUCAAAAGUUGGCCAUCGUGACCAGCAUAAUAAAAAUCGAAAUGAUGAUGGUUUCAAAAUUCCUUCACAGUGAGGUAUGGGACAGAUUUAAAAAAAAAUAUUUACUUGUAUUGCUUAUUGCGCACAUUAUAAGGGCGACCAUAAAUGCGGAAAUGCUUAUAAAAGUGCGCUAUUAGGGUAAAUGAAUUUGGGUCUGCCACGCACUUAUUCCUUGGUUCAUAAGAAAUAAGUGCGCAGAAGACACCAAGACGGAACAACGCAAAAGCGCACUUUUAUUGGCGAUUGAUCACUUCUGAGGAGUCCAGUUUCAAAUGCAAAAUACAAUAUUAUAUUAUAUAAGCAUGAUGAUGCAAUCUAUCAAUGUCAAGUCAAAUUAAAUCAAAUUGCUUAGUCCGAAAAAUACAAGCAAAUAAAAAUUCUCUCCCACUCCUCAACGUGACGAAAUUUUGAAACCAUCGUCACUUCUGUAGUUCUCAUGUUCGCCACGAGAGCCAACUUUUGAUCGCGAAUGGGCGUUAUACUAAUUUUAGUUUUCGUUUUGUAGUAGUCGAAUCAAAGUGGAUUAUUCUUUUAAGCGUGGUCUCAUUGGCGACUCUGAAGAAUUUGGUUUCCUGUCGGAAGACAUUUUUCGCUUUUGCUGGAUAACAUUUGGUUGAUAUCGUGUUUAGUCUGCAACGUGGUGCAAAUACUAUUAACCUGCUGUGGUAUUUUCUCGUGAAACGAUGACUCAACCCCGCUGAAGUCCCGGAAAAUACAUCCGUUCAAAAGUGCGAUAGCAGUAUACAAGCGAGGAAAAUUGUCGCUUCCGAAAAGUGACCUCAAGUAGUGAACCUUACUGUUUUUUUUCGAAAUCGAAAAGACGAUCAGAGGCCGGGUAAAUCCUUCGCCAAAUCGUAUAAUAAGAACCAAGAGUCGCCAACAAAUACCGGCUAAUACCACCGAAUACGGAGUCAGGACCCAUUAAUUACGGGCACACACACACACACACACACACACUACAGGCACCAAAACCGUGGUUCAAAAUGGAGCAACAACUGUAUGCAAGUGAAAUUACGCCGGGUGGCCACGGCGAAAAAUACCAAAAAGAAAUUGCCCUCGCACUGUGGCUGCUUAUGCGGGAAUCAAGUUCCACUACAAGGAUGGCGUAUGAAAUGACGGUGGCCGACAAGUUUGACGACGUUGUUUUGUUUGACGAUACAAACGAGAAGAUCCACUUAAUUCAAGCAAAACACGCCGAUACCAAGGAUGAACAGGUUAAAUUUUUCGAGCUGGAUGCCCUGUUUCCGACUGGAAAUAGUGACAAAGGCAAAGGAGACUUUGAUUUGUACAAGUAUGCCAAAUCCUACUUUUGUGUGACUAGAAGCUUGAAAGAAAGGGCAUACAAUAAGAUGUUUUACAUCUUCACCAAUAAGGUUCUGAAACUGACCGAUAACGAUUGGGUGAAGAUCGAAGAACGAGAAGAAAAUGAAAUCCUACGUAUUUCUGGAUCCAGUGCCAAAAACCUAAAACUUAUGCCAACCGAGAAGGCUAUCACAGAGCUGUGCAAUUACAUCAACAAAGAUGACGAUAUCACUGCGAUUAAAGAUGCGGUCAAAGAGUUCUUUCACAGUGGAAAGGUCAGCCAAACUUUUACUCGCUAUUGCACUCCAUUGAAAGACGUUAUGAUCAUAAACGAGAACAAGUGUCGUUUUGCAAGCAACUUCAAUGCUGAAAAUCCAAAUCCCGAUGUUGUCAGGCUAUACAAGAUGUUGCAAAGCGAUCAGGUUGAUAUGGAGGAAGAAGUAACCGUCAACAAAAAAUUUCAGACGAAAGAAUCAAGGAACAAAUUUUUGCCACCACGCGUUGAUGAGGAUGACAUUCGUAACUUCUUUCGCGAUUUUACGCUAUCGGUGGGUCAACCGAACGAUUUGCGACCUAUCAUCGUUGCUGAACUAAAGGCUUGGAUGAAGACUUGGAUCCAGCCGGAAAUUUUCGGUCAGCUGAAGGAAAAGUACUGGGAGCAGGUGUAUAUCGACCUGGGAGCUUAUUUUGACGCAUGUAACAAACCUGUUGGCGAAAAAAGUAAGCGCGUUUUAGGGGAUUAUUUUGACGAAUGUAACAAACCUGUUGACGAAAAAAGUUUGCGCAGUUUGAUGAAACUAGAUAUAGAAAAAUGCUUUGAACAAAUAAAGCGUGAAAUGCAGACGGGUGGGAAAAAGCGCGAAAUGGCAGAGGCGGAAGAAUGGAAACUUACGUAUAUUAAUCGCCAUUUAAAGUACGAAGAGGCAGCAUUAGAACAAACCGGAGGAAUGUUAAGCAUUGAUCAAAAAAUGUCAGGCAACGACAAGGUAGCACAUAAUAAUAGGUCUAGCUCAAUAGUUCGAACGAUAAGUGAUACUAAGUUUGUUGAAGAGCUUCGAGGAAAAUUUAAAAGUCAGCAACAUAUUUUACUUGUGGCAGACCCCGGUAUGGGAAAAACCAGCUUACUGCAGUUUUUGUCAUUUGAAGCUCAAAAAAAAAACCACUCUGCAGUAUUCUUAAUGCGUUUAAGCACGCUAUGUAAGAAACUCGACGAAAUAGAAAAAGUAUCAAACAUAAAUGAUGUCCGGGAAAUUCUCAGCGCUGUUCUUUCAGAGACUAACUGUAAUCUCAUCCUAAAUGCCCCGGAAAGCCGAAAUGACGAAGGAUAUUCCAUUAUUUUAGCAUUGGACGCAUUUGAUGAAAUACAUUCCAAAUACACCGAGAAAGUAAUUAGUAUACUCGAACUGCUCAGUUUGAAAAAGAGUAUUCAGUUUAUAAUCAGCUCGAGACUCCACGUGCAGGAAAUACUGCAAAGUAAGUUCGAUUUUAAGCUAAUACUCCUAGUCCCUUUUCAAGAUGAGGACCAGAUCCGGUACUUGAAGAAAAUAUGGAUGAAAAAGAGUGUUGAUGAGAAAGUUGUUGAAGACUUUUCGGAACUUCUUUUUGAAAAAUAUCAUUCCGGCACUUUAUCCAACUCGAGUGAAAUGUUCGGUUUGCCUCUGAUGAUGCGAAUGCUUGCUGAAGUUUACUCUGACAGAUUCAAACAGUUUGUGUCAGCAGCGAAUUCCGACAAAACGGAACCGCUUGAUUGGCCAGAAGACAUAUUGAAUAUUGGGCAACUGUUAGAGCGGUUUGUCCAUAAAUGUUUUCACAUCAAAUUUGAAGAAAAAUUUAAAACAAAGGUUGAUAUCAACGAUGCUGAAUUCAAUUCAUUCAUUGCCGUGUACAUUCUGGAGCAUCAACUGCUAGCGAUAAAGCUGCUAGAGAUUGAAAUGCUCAUGGAUAUAUUCACGAAGCCGAAAAAUAAGAAAAUAUAUGACUUAUUCAAAAUCCGAUAUGAAAAGGGUUCAGAAAAGUCUAUGUUGGUGACAGUAGUCAACAAUGAUGUUCAGUUCUGCCAUUUAUCAUUUGGUGAAUACUUCGUAGCAACAUAUCUAAGUGAUAACAUUUCCGAGUUGGAACCAAACAUAUUGAUCAAGGUUCUAUCUCAACGUGAAGUUAUUAGGAAACUGACACUGAUCAAGCUUGAAGAAAAUGAAAACUGCUCCGAGACCUUAAACGAGUUGUGCAGACUAAACUGGGACGUAGCUUUGUGGGCAUGCGAGAGUGGUUGUCUGAAAUUGGUUUCAUUCCUAAAUCUUAAAUCGUUCUCCACUGAUCAACUAAGCAAUAUGUUAAAAGUCUCUGCGAAAUGCGGAUAUUUAGCAAUAUGUGAAUUACUAAUUGGUUACAAUGCAAAUCUCGAUAAAUCCACUGCGCUGCAUUCUGCCGUUGAGAAUGGUCACUUCAGCGUUGUGAAACAGUUGAUUGAGAAUAAUGCGGACCCAAAUGAUAUGGACGAAUAUAACAGGACUGCACUUCAUGUUGCAAGUUAUAAAGAAAAUAUGGAAAUAAUUCAACUCUUGAUUGAUAAAGGGGGGAACCUCAAUUCUAAGACAAUCUUUGGUCAAACUCCGCUUCACCUCGCUGUACUGAAUAACCAUGAAAGUGUUGUUAAAAAUUUGAUAGCGAAUAGUGCGGACCCAAAUGAGAUGGACGAUAAUAAAUGGACUGCCCUCCAUUACGCAUGCCAAAACGGAAAUGUAGAAACGGUAAAAUUCUUGGUUGAACAAUAUUCGAAUAUCAGCUCUCAGACAAUCUUUGGUCAAACUCCACUUCACAUCGCUGCACUGAAUGGCCAUGCACAUGUUGUUGAACUUUUGAUAGCGAAAAAUGCGGACCCAGACAAGGUGGACGAUAAGCAAUGGACUGCCCUACAUAUGGCGUGCCAAAACGGAAAUGUAGAAACGGUAAAAUUAUUCAUUAAAAAACUUGAGAACACCAACUUUCAGACAAUCUUUGGUGAAACUCCACUUCACAUCGCUGCACUGAAUGGCCAUGCAAGUGUUGUUGAAGUGUUGCUUGCGAAUAAUGCGGACCCAGACAAGGUGGACGAUAAGAAAUGGACUGCCCUUCAUUACGCAUGCCAAAACGGAAAUGUAGAAAUUGUAAAAUUCUUGAUUGAUAAAGGUUCGAACACCAACUCUCAGACAAUCAUUGGUCAAACUCCACUUCACAUCGCUGCACUGAAUGUCCAUACGAGGGUUGUUGAACUGUUGAUAGCGAAUAAUGCGGACCCAGACAAGGUGGACCGUAAGAAAUGGACUGCCCUUUAUUACGCAUGCCAAAACGGAAAUGUAGAAAUGGUAAAAUUCUUGAUUGAUAAAGGUUCGAACACCAACUCUCAGACAAUCUUUGGUCAAACUCCACUUCACAUCGCUGCACUGAAUGGCCAUGCAAGUGUUGUUGAAGUGUUGCUUGCGAAUAAUGCGGACCCAGAAAAGGUGGACGAUAAGCAAUGGACUGCCCUUCAUUACGCAUGCCAAAACGGAAAUGUAGAAAUUGUAAAAUUCUUGAUUGAUAAAGGUUCGAACACCAACUCUCAGACAAUCCUUGGUCGAACUCCACUUCACAUCGCUGCACUGAAUGACCAUGCAAGUGUUGUGGAACUGUUGAUAGCGAAUAAUGCGGACCCAGACAAGGUGGACCGUAAGAAAUGGACUGCCCUCCAUAAGGCAUGCCGAAACGGAAAUGUAGAAACGGUAAAAUUCUUGAUUCGUCAAGGUUCGAACACCAACUCUCAGACAUUCUCUGGUGAAACUCCACUUCACAUCGCUGCACUGAAUGGCCAUGCAAGUGUUGUUGAAGUGUUGCUUGCGAAUAAUGCGGACCCAGACAAGGUGGACGAUAAGAAAUGGACUGCCCUUCAUUACGCAUGCCAAAACGGAAAUGUAGAAAUGGUAAAAUUCUUGAUUGAUAAAGGUUCGAACACCAACUCUAAGACAUUCUCUGGUGAAACUCCACUUCACAUCGCUGCACUGAAUGGCCAUGCAAGUGUUGUUGAAGUGUUGCUUGCGAAUAAUGCGGACCCAGACAAGGUGGACGAUAAGAAAUGGACUGCCCUUCAUUACGCAUGCCAAAACGGAAAUGUAGAAAUUGUAAAAUUCUUGAUUGAUAAAGGUUCGAACACCAACUCUCAGACAAUCAUUGGUCGAACUCCACUUCACAUCGCUGCACUGAAUGUCCAUACAAGUGUUGUUGAAGUGUUGCUUGCGAAUAAUGCGGACCCAGACACGGUGGACGAUAAGAAAUGGACUGCCCUCCAUUACGCAUGCCAUAACGGAAGUGUAGAAACGGUAAAAUUCUUGGUUGAACAAUAUUCGAAUAUCAGCUCUCAGACAAUCUUUGGUGAAACUCCACUUCACAUCGCUGCACUGAAUGGCCAUGCAAGUGUUGUUGAAAAGUUGAUAGCGAAUAGUGCGGACCCAAAUGAGAUGGACAAUAUGAAAAGGACUGCUCUCCAUCAUGCAUGCCGAAACGGAAAUGUAGAAACGGUCAAAUUCUUGAUUCAUCAAGGUUCGAACACCAGCUCUCAGACAAUCUCUGGUGAAACUCCACUUCACAUUGCUGCGGAGAACGGCCAUGCGAUGGUUAUUGAACUGUUGAUAGCGAAUAAUGGGGACCCAGACAAGGUGGACAAUAAGAAAUGGACUGCCCUCCAUUACGCAUGCCGAAACGGAAAUAUAGAAACGGUAACACUCUUGAUUGAUCGAGGUUCGAACACCAACUCUCAGACAAUCUCUGGUCGAACUCCACUUUACAUCGCUGAACUGAAUGACCAUAAAAGUGUUGUGGAACUGUUGAAAGCGAAUCUAUGCGGAACCAAAUGAGAUGGACAAAGGCAAAUGAAAUGCACUUCAACUUGCAAGUCCUAAAGGAAAUAUGGAAAUGGUUAAAUUCUCUCGAAAAAUCGACGGUGUAACUCCACUUCACAUUGCUGCAGGGAAUGGCCAUACGGGUGCUGUGAAACUUUUGAUUAAGGGGUUACAAAAAAUCGACACGUAUUCGUAACUGAUGUUCGUUGACGCGCAAAGUGAACUGUAAAACUCGCAAAGCGAUUUUCUCGAAACACAGAGUUGAUUUACGGGUCCCACGAUAUCUCAGAACUGGAUGGACCAAAUUGGCUGAACUUUGUAGUGCAGACUCACAAGAUGUAAAAAUAUUUUUUAUCUUUCUUUAAACCACUUCUCAAAAAUCGGCUUUCGUCAUGCACACGAGACCUGUCUAAAGAGUCUUCACCCCAAAAAUGAGACGAUUUGGUCAAAGCAGUGAUGGAAUAUCGUGGGACCCGGUUUUAUUUUUUCAAACCACUUACUUCAAAUAAGAAUAUAUCAGCAAUUCUGUUACCAAAUGACUUUAUAUUUAUUUUGUUUACAGUUGAAAAUGUAUAUUUUGAUGCCCUG